GCCAACGAAUGAAAGUCCCGAGUCCAAGCUUUGUACCUCGGCUAAAGUUUCAGGCCUCCAGCGUAGCCAGGAGCAGAGCCACAGCGAGGUGCCGUUUGCACCUCCCGCGCCCAGCCCCACGCCGGCUUCGGCCCCCACGGGCUCUCCGGCGCCAGCGGCGGCAGCAGCGCCACCAGAGCCGCCGAGGUCACGCCUCCCCAGCCCUCCUCCUCUCAGCGUUAAGAAGGAGCAGCCACCUCCGCCCCCCGUCCCCACCCCGCCCCUGCUGAAGGCCCAUCCCCACCCCCAACCCCACCUCCCCCACCCACACCUGCACCCCGAGCCCUGCGUCCUCCCGCCCUCGCCGCACCACACACGCCCGGUGCUCAGACACCCGCUGCACCACCCGCUGCAGUACAGCAGUCUCCACGACAUCAGCCACCGCAGCAGUCCCGUGGGUUUCUCCAAGCAGCACUUGCCCCCGUCCCCUCACCUGCACCUCAGCGGGCUCCCGUCCCCGGCUUCUGCGUUGCCUCUGUCGAUAGCCAAUAUUUCUACCUCGCACUAUUCCUCCCUACGGAGCCCGGCUCAACGCCAUUCGGCCAUGUUUGCAACCCCGGCCACACUCCCGCCACCACCGACCUUACCGACCAACAGCUUAGUGGUGCCAGGACAUCCUGGCGGCACCCCCUACCCAGAGCAUGACCUCCUGAGGCAGGAGCUGAACAACCGCUUCCUGGUUCAGAGCUCAGAGCGCGGCGGCCGGGGGCCGUCCUCCGCCUCGCCGCUGGCCCCCGUGUCUCUCCUGAGGGCCGAGUUUCACCAACACCAGCACAUGCACCAGCACCAACACACCCACCAGCACACCUUCACGCCCUUCCCCGCCAGUCUGCCCCCGGCCGCCAUCCUCACCCCGCCCACCGCACCCCCCAUGGUGCGUACCCAAGCCAGAAAUUUCGACAAAUACACCCCCAAACUGGACAAUCCAUUCAUCAGACAUUCAAAUUUCUUCCCCUCCUAUCCCCCAGCCAUGCCAGGCAUGCCCCCGCUGCUCCCACACUCAGGACCCUUCAGCUCUCUGCAAGGAGCCUUCCAGCCCAAGGCUUCUAAUCCCAUCGAUGUGGCAGCUCGUCCCGGAGCCGUUCCUCACACACUCCUGCAGAAGGAUCCGCGGAUAAGUGAUCCAUUCAGGACCUCCGUUAGGAAACCUGGCAAGUGGUGCGCAGUACAUGUCCAGAUCGCAUGGCAGAUCUACCACCACCAGCAGAAAAUGAAGCAAAUGCAGCUUGACCCCCACAAAAUAGACAUGAACGGGAAGCUGGAUCUGUUCAGCCGCCCCCCGGCGCCAGGAGUCUUCCCAGGGUUCCCGUAUCCUCACGACCUCGCGCGGCCCCUCUUCUCCUCCACAGGCUCCGGACACCCGGCUCCCUCUCCGUACGGCCCCGCCCCGCAUCACAGCAGCUUCCUGCCUCCUAGCCAUUUGGCAGGUAAGUAUCCUUUCAGUCGCUCCAGUUCCUUUGGCGGCCUCGGCAACCUUUCAAGCAGUGCCUUCGGAGGAUUAGGCAACCCCUCGCUUGGGUCCAACAGCAUGUUCGGCUCCAAGGAGGGGCCGGGGGGGCUGCCCGGGUUUGGCAGCCCCCACCACGACACCUGGAACAGGCUCCGGCGCACACCGCCAUCCUUCCCCACGCCGCCGCAGUGGCCCAAGACCGCAGACCCGGAGAGAAGCAGCUCCGCCAACAGCCAUGAGAGGGAGCGGGAGAGGGAGCGGGAACGAGAACGGGACAGAGAGCGGGAAAGAGAACGAGAGAAGAGAGACUCUUCCAUCGGGAAAGAGGAGAAGGACAAGGACAGGGAUUCUGUGGAUCGGAACCGCCACUCCAACCGGUCCUCCCCGGCCUCGGCCCCCGUCAGCUACCAGAUCAGCAGCCUGAUCCGCUCCAGCAGCCAGAACUCCAGCGACUCGGGUCGUCACCACAGCGGCAGCGUGGACAGGAUUCGGGAGUCGGAGAAGGAGCUGCUGGAGCGCCACCGAGAGUCUUCCACGCUAGCGGACGUGAAAGUAAAGGAGAGCCGAUCGCCGAGCAAGGAGAUUCUGGAGCGGAGACCGUCGGAGGACUCUAUCAAACCCGCCCAGCGUUCUCCCUCCCCUUACUCCAAGGCGGCGAUCAACGAUCAAGGCAUGAAGAUGAGCGGCGGGCCUCCGUCAACGCUCAAGGACAACGAGAGGAAAGACCUCCCCCCUGUAGACCUUCUCCACAAAGUGAAGAAUGACAUGAAGAUUAAGGAGGAGCGGAAGGAGGAGCAGGAAGUGAUGGUGGUGAGCUCAGAGCCGGCCUCCCAACCGCAGCCCCAACUCCUUUCUGGACCGGUCAGCCAACCGGGAAACCCACACCACCACCACCCGCCGUUGUCCCAGCAGCCUCCUCUUCCAUCACCGCGGUGUAGCGACAUCCCAACCCCGAACAUGCACGGCGUCCCCAUGGCGCACUCUCUGCCGCUUUCCAUGAGUGCCAUGCCCCAAAUGGGCAACCUCAACGUGCUGGACCGGGCUCGUAUGGCUCCUUUCAUGGGAGUGAGCCCGCUGGCGGGAAGGGAGCGUAUGCCCCAUACGGCAUUCCCCUGGGACCCGCUCAGAGAGGCCUAUAGGAGCCUGGACCUGCAGCGCCGCAUGGACUUCCAGCUCCGAGCCGAGCAGGGACAUCGAUUCCCCAGCAUGUACGAGCAGGAGCGGGCCUACCGCGAACGGGAGGCGCACGACUACUCGCACCACGAGCACCUGCUGGAGGUGCGCCGGGAGCACGAGCGGAUGCGGCAGCAGGCUGAGGAGCGGGAGCGCCUCCACCUGCGGGAGGAGCUGGACCGAGCACGCCUCCAUCACCUGCACCAGUCUCCCAUGGAGGGCCAUCUACCUCACAUGCCCCCCUUCAUGCCCCACCUAGGCGGCAUGCCCUACCCGAGACUCAGCCCUUCCACGGGACACAACGGCCCCCUGAACAGAACGCCGCCCACCGCCGCGCUAAGCGCGCCCCCGCCUCUAGUGCCGGCCGGCGGCGGCAUAAGGCCAGUCUCCCCAAGGAGGACUACCCCCCUCACCACCCAGGACCCACGGGAUUACUCCCCAUCUCGCAACCCCAAAGAAGUAGAAGCUCGGUAGCUUCUCGGAAAAAGUGCACAAAGUCUUAGUUAGUGGGAGCCCUCACACCCCCUUCCUGCGCCUUUUACCUGGAAUCUCAUUGUGAAUAAAACGCGCUGCUCCUACACCAGAGAAGAGUGAAACUCCCCCAAGGGAAAGGGUAUGAUUGUACAAAUUAAAAGGUGUGUACAGCUGAUUUAAGCACAUGCCAUGACUUAAUUUUCAGUGGACUGGCGGUUUAAUAAUGUCGGUAAAGAGAACUACAAAUAUGUGUAUGUUUGUUCCCGACUUAAAUAUUUGAUAAUUAUUAAUAUAUUAAUCCAACGCCUUUUUCUGCUUUGUGAUGAAAAGAAAAGGUCUUGAGAUGAGUUUGUACAUUUCCUAUACUUGUUCCAUGUAUAGAUAUUAUUUCUAUGGAUUUUAUGUAUUUUGUGCAUUAGUCCUGCCUUUACACUAUUUAUCCAAACUGAUUGUGAGACAUUUUCCUCAUGAUAAUGUAAAGACUUGACUUUGGUUUCAGCCGUCAGUGAUUUAACCUCAUGGUACCAGGAUAUCCUCAACAAUGACAAUGUACAUUGCUACAUUACCCACUCGUUCUGUUCAUUUGUUUUGCCUUUGAGAUAUGCAGAUAAAUAUAUAUUAUGAGGUCUUUGUUGAGUCUCUGUAUAAAGAAAACUGAUGUAAAUAACCUGUUGAUAUUCUUCGCUGCAAGAGUACAAUGUAAAUUUAUUAGUCUUUUUAACAAUUUUUAGAAAAACAAAAUUAAAUGAAACACGUGGAAACACUUGCCUGUUUGAGCAUCACGAUAAACGGACAGGUCGGGCCAAUGGAUGGGACGGAUGAAUGGAGGGUGUUGUAUGGUGGCCUAGAUGGAUCAUCAGCAAUCUAUGCAAAGCAGCACACAGCACCCUACUGAAAAAACAAAAAAAAACAACUGGAGGAAGCCGGCGACACUGGUGGCACUGAGAGAAAAACUUGGAUUAACACAUGUUUAUAUGUACCGAUGAAUUAAUGACUGGAUUCAUGAAAGACUUCCAGGUCACAAACUGGAACUGGAUCAGCCCCAGACAGAAAAAGAGGACACUUUUGAGUGGACGGCAAAAGGACUUUCUCUGUCAACCUUGUGGUGUUGUGCAGUUGUUUUUCUUAGACUCUUGUAUACAAAACAAGUAGAGUUUUAGGCGUGAAAAAAAAAAAGGAAAAUGAACAUUCAUGGUUUAAAAUGUACGGAAUAAAGUUUGGACCUAAUGUCAAA